UCAGCACAAUUUCCCCCCCUUUGGCGACUUUGGCCUCCUCGAUAUCCUCAAAUUACCUCUUCGUCAGCUCUAUUUCAUUCAUCUCUUCCACCGCAAUCAGCGACUGGCGAUUGUCCUCAUGCUCGUGUGAUGCCACCUCCAAAGUCGCGCGGUACCACAGACGACCCGAACUCAGCAGUCAAGGAGAAGCAUGCAAAUGCUAGUCGUGGUCGUCGAAAUGUACCCUCAACUUUGGCGAAUGGAAGCUCAUUGAAAGAGGUCAUGAACUCUAGCACUGAUUCUCCUGCUACUACGAAUGGAAAUGGACCGCAGACCGGGACAAGCAGUACCUCAUCGAGCUCAUGGGCGAAAGAAGACUCGUUGCUGCUACACUCCUAUCGAAGCCUCUAUCGGCUUGAGACACCCUCCUCCUUCCAUAACCCGCUAGCCCAUGUCCUCCUCUCACAAGGCAUCGGCAAUCACUCCCCUACAAUGGCUCGACAGAAGAGCAAGAGACGAGUCAGCAAAGACAGUCUAGCUCUGGCUGUAAGGAAAAAUUUUAAUGCAUUAGCCGUGAACGAGCAGGAAGUUAUUGUGGAUUUUUUGUACAAGACAAAGACAAAAGAAAAAGAGCUCCGUGUUAGAUUUGCACCCCCUCGAAAGUAGUACCGUGCUUCUAUACUCGACCACCUGCCGGCUGUUCUUUCGCAACAGCAUUUAAAAACUCGCUCCAGAUGCGCAUGAUACCCAGUCUAUAUUUCUUCACACGAUGCGACGCCUGUUCCUAUCCGGGUAUCGACUCAAAUUCCAGAAACGCCCUUUUCAAGGUGUGGACUGCUUUGGGAUAAUCAGAAUCUUUUCGGCGUACAGUUUGGAUGAUUGCAUCAUUGGCGUAAAAGAGAUUUGGCAUGGCUGCGACGUUUCUCAUGAGCCGU